CUGUUGCGCUUUGCAAAAAGUAGAACUGUUUCGAAAUUACGGCGCGACGUAAACACACGAACUCGACACCGAAAGAAUCACAAAAGCACAUCUCGGCAGAAAACUAAUUGUGAUAUAAAUUAGUAAAUUUUAAUUGAGUCUCAAGAUGCCAAGGAGAAGGAAAACAAGGUUGGCUACUCGAGCCAAGCCAUUGCUUCCUGAAGCUACUGAUGAACUGGACAUGGAGAAAGAAACACGGGAGCAGAAACUAGAAACAUAUCUCAAAGACUUUGAUAUCCAAGUUGAGCAACGGAUACGUGAAAUGAAUACCUUAUGUACCAGUCUCUGCCGAAGCAUCAAGUCAAGUGCUAAUCUCUUCUUGAUGAAGAUGCCGAAGGAAACUAAAAACAUGAAAGCAAUGGAUUUCUUUGCUCAAGACAGUGUAACUCCAUCGGUGAAGGUCAUACAGCAAAUCUCUAAGACAGUAGAUGAGAUGAUCACCCUACCCAAGACAGUAACCGAUGCCAUAUCAGAAUCAGAAUCAGAAGAGACCGCUGCCUCCUCCACUGCUUCGUCCACUGCUGAAUCAGACACUGAGAACAGCGAGAUGGAUGCAAUGCCAAAGAAGUCAACACGCUCGACAAGAAAGGCUCCUGGAACACGAAAGAAGGCCACAGCAAGUACAGCGAAGAGGACAUCAGCAAGGAAAAGGACCAGGGCUGCCUUGCAGGAGACACCCAUUAACAGUAAUAAUACAGGAUCUGUGUUGCAGACCCCAGCCAAUGCUAUGUCUUUUUCAUCCAUCAACACUCCUUUCAUCACACCCAAGUUUGACCCCAGCUCCAAGAUGACCCCUGCUACAGUCCGUCGAGCCAAGAAGGGAGAGCUCUUAGUGUCCCUCUCUGGGAGCCCUGUCGAGGCCAGGAACUCUCCCAAGGAUCCCACUCAGUCAAUGGAGAAGCUCAAGGAAAAUAUCGAGACUUUGUUCACCCAGGAGGAUGUUGACAGACAAAACAUCCUGAUUCUUCAAGAAACUCUGAGCAAGCUCUUAAAGCAGUCCUCAUAAGCACCCUUCACAUGACAUAUGUAUUAAAGCAUUCAAAACU